ACCUUUAGUUCCUUCGGAAAACUCACAAGUGAAAGAACGCGCGUUAAAAAUUGUGAAAGAAAACCCGUGACUCUCCCUUGCAAAUGGCGCAGCACUAUCAAACUCUUCUUGUCUUUGCCGCGGCAAUCCUUGUCGGUGCGUCAAAGGCCGAAACCUACGUGACCAAGUACGACAAUAUCGAUCUGGAGGAAAUUUUCAACAGCAAACGGUUGAUGGAUAACUACAUGAACUGCCUGAAAGACGUGGGACCUUGCACACCGGACGGCCGCGAGCUGAAAGAUAACCUUCCCGAUGCGCUGAUGAGCGAUUGUGCAAAAUGCUCCGAAAAGCAGCGCGUCGGCUCGGACAAGGUGAUCAGGUUCAUCAUCACAAACCGGCCGGACGAUUUCGCGAUCCUCGAGCAGCUGUACGAUCCGACCGGCGAGUACCGGCGGAAGUACAUGCAGUCGGACGCGCUGGCCGACCACGUGAAGCACCACCAGGAAGAAGAUAACGCAGGCGGCAGCGGCGACGACGGAGACAUUGAGACCGUGGCGGCUGCCCACGCAACCGACCAUAACACGGUACCAUCGUCUCAAGAUCAUGAUCACGCCGAAGGACAAACGGAUACGGAGUGAAAACGGCAACUGAAGCGCGGCUCCUCCGGCCGGUUGCGCUUCAAACGCCAGUAGUUGUUCCAGUAGUUUCUUACAGUACGUAUGCAAUUUUUCCAUCAAUCACGCUGAUGCUCGCUGGCCUGGCCGUGCGCUGCUGCUAAGCCGACGACAGUUCAGACCCGGGUCUGAUCGACUCCAAUUUCCCGCUAAUGGUACCCUGCCAUUCAGUCAUUAGAUUCUCGCGCAACCAGCAGCGCACAAACGUGAUGGAAGAAAGGUCGUCGAUGCGUUUUCGCUGCUCAAAAGUCAUAAUUUGCCGCAUGCCUUCUCUCCGCGCCCGCGAUUUGCUUGCUUCUUUCCUCCCGGGUCAUUAAAACGAAGCGCCGCCGUACACACAAAAUACGUAUCGACCUCGCGUUGUCUGUAUCAGGAGAGAGAAAAAAAAACGCAACGGCUGCAGCAGAGCAAACUGGAAUAUGAUUCAUCGGAUUCGGUCAGACUAAUAAAGCGAGAAAAACUAUCAAAAAA